AUGAAGUCCUUUUCGAGUUCUGCAAUUAAUAAGUCGGGCAAGAAAUUCGCCCCCAAGGCGCCAGUCCGACGCGCUGCUCCAGCUCCGGCUGCAGCCCCUAGAAGACCCAGUGUCGCAUCUCAGGUAUCGGCUUCUCAAACUCCUCAGCCACCAACACAAACUGCAACUCCCGAACCUGCUUCGAUUGCUGAGCCUUCCCCUUCUCUUGAGACACCAGCUCCAGACGCAGAGACGCCUAAUGAAAAGGACGUGGUACCAACACCCCCUGCGACAGCAACCGUCACAGCAACUGCGACGCCCAAGGCCGCCGCUACGGCGAUUUCAAUUCCUCGCCCAAAGCGAAAGCCUUCAUUCUCCGCAUUUACUCUUUCACAGCCUCCUAAUGCAACCCCUGCUGAGCCCACGCCACUACUUUCCAUUGAAGUAGCGCCUGAUGAAUCGGGGGAAGAUCGAGCCCCGGUAGAAGAGCCUCAACUCUCAGAGACACUAGUUAACGAGGAGCCAUCUCUGGUUGCUGAAACCCCGGCCGAAGCCCGGCCCUCCAAGCGUCAAAAGACUAAUGCCGAACCUGCAACCCCAGCUUUGGAGUCUCAGCGGCUCACCGGGCCUCCUCAGCUAGCUACUCCGCCGGCUACACAGACCUCGACGAAUGAGGAGACUACAGAGAGUCGGGAUACCACAGAAUCGCAGCCUCCCGCGGAACAGAAUCGAAAGACAACAAAGUCAAGAAAACGAAAGCCGUCCAAAGAUGUUAAUGGUGGAGAUACCACGACCAGGACGAGAGAAAGGAAACCUCGAGCUGCUCGUAAGAAGCGCGAGCCGACCCCUGAAGGCUCUGAGGCUGUCCAGAUUGCGCCUGGUAUUGUCAAGAUGUCGGAACUGUGCAAGGACUUACGGACCGGAAAGAUCUCUAAGCGAGAAACUGAACUGCGCCAGAUGGAGUUGGCUGAGCUGGAACGCAAGCAGAAAGCACAACAGGAUGCGGAUAAUACCGAGCAGACCCCCAUCAAAGAGAACGAAAGUGCAGCGACGCCAGCACUGGAAACAAGCAAUUCAGGCGACCAAAAGGCACAGAACGGACCAGUUAUGAGAAUCGUGAACGGGGAGAUUGUGCUCGAUGCGGCAUCGCUCCAAGUCGACCGUCAUGCGGAUGCAGCAAGAAACGCCGGGGAGCUGGAGGAUGUUGUAGAAAACCAUCUUACCCGAAAAGUCAAUCAGGCGUCAUUUGGAAAGCGCUCCAAAACCGAAUCUUGGGAUGAAGAAAUGACGGAUCUAUUUUAUCGAGGCUUGCGCAUGUUCGGUACUGACUUUAUGAUGAUCAGCAAACUAUUUCCGGGGAGGUCCAGGCGCCAGAUCAAGUUGAAGUUCAACAAUGAAGAGCGCCGAGCCCCGGGACGGAUUAAGGACACACUACUUGGACCGCGGGAAGCUGUUGACAUUACGACCUACUCGGAGAUGACCAACACCAUCUAUGACGAUCCCAGGAUCAUUCAACAAGAACUAGAUGAGGAGAAGAAACGGAUUGAGGAUCAACAUGCUAAAGAAAAGCAGGCUCAAGAGGAGCUGACUAACAAUCCAGAUGGUGCCGCAGGUGCUAAUCAUUCUCCAGAGCAAGGCACUGCACCUGUCAAGAGCAAACGCAAUAGCAGGAAGCAAGCCGCUAAGAAUACGAGUGGGGGAAAUGAAGAAAUUUUGGGCACUAUUGAUGACUUUCCUUGA